AAUGGUCAAUACAUUAACAUUUCAACAUUGUCCAACUGAUGAACCAAAUCACCUUGAGCUGAGGACUGCAGGGAAUGGCUUCAAUUACGGUGGUGACAGACACUGACGGCGAGCGCACGCCACUUCUUCACGACUCUCAGCUCGAAUACUCCGCCGGCCGGACGGAAUAUUCUUCCCCGCCUUUAGGGGAGGAGCCGUCAACCAAGAAUUCAAAUGAUCCUAAACAACGCCUUGUGUCGCUUGACGUGUUCCGAGGCUUGGCUGUCGCGCUGAUGAUCUUAGUUGAUGAUGCUGGAAAAGCAUUCCCGUCGAUAAACCACUCGCCGUGGUUCGGAGUAACACUCGCGGAUUUUGUUAUGCCUUUUUUUCUGUUUGGAGUAGGUGUUUCUGUGAGCCUCGUGUUCAAGAAAGCAGCAAAAAGAUUAGCAGCCACCAAGAAAGUAAUACUGAGAUCCAUUAAGCUCUUUCUGUUGGGAGUGAUUCUUCAAGGUGGGUAUUUUCAUGGGCGGAACAACCUGACGUAUGGCAUUGAUGUGGAGAAAAUACGAGUGAUGGGUGUGCUACAGAGGAUUGCAAUUGGUCAUCUGCUGGCUUCAGCUAUGGAGAUUUGGCUUGUUAAAAAUACUGUCGUUAAUUCAGCCAUAGCAUUUGUGAGAAGAUACUCUUUCCAGAUUGGGGCUGGAAUUUUACUUGGUUUAUUAUACAUGGUUUUGCUGUAUGGCCUGUAUGUUCCAAACUGGGCCUUUGAUGUAUCAAGUCUCACCAUGAUCUUACCAACAUCACUUGGAGCUAGUACUGGAACUGUUAACUGUGGAAUGAGGGGCAGUCUUGGACCUCCUUGCAAUUCAGUUGGCUUUAUUGAUCGAACUCUUCUUGGUGAAAAGCAUCUGUAUCAACGUCCUGUAUAUAGAAGAACAAAGGAAUGCAGCAUCAACUCUCCAGAUUAUGGUCCCCUACCACCAGAUUCACCUACAUGGUGCCUAGCUCCAUUUGACCCAGAGGGAAUUUUAAGCUCUUUGAUGGCUGCCAUUACAUGUUUUGUCGGGUUGCAUUAUGGGCAUGUUCUUGUCCAUUGUAAGGACCAGAUGCAGAGGGUAAUUUUCUGGUUCAUAUCAUCCCUCCCUCUUCUAAUCUUGGGUUAUCUUUUAAGUGUUCUAGGUGUUCCUUAUUCUAAACCACUGUACACAUUGAGUUAUAUGUUCAUCACAGCAGGAGCAUCUGGUGUCCUUUUGACGGCUAUUUACCUUAUUGUCGAUGUCAAAUGCAUUAGAAAGCCAACUGUAAUAUUUCAGUGGAUGGGAAUGAAUGCUCUGAUUGUCUAUGCUCUGGCUGCUUGUGACAUAUUUCCAGCUGCUGUGCAAGGUUUCUACUGGCGCUCACCUGAAAACAACCUGGUUAGCUUCUCCGAAAGGCUACUGCAAUCACUGUUCCAUUCAGAGAAGUGGGGUACUUUGGCCUUUGUUAUUCUCGAGAUUUUAUUUUGGGGUGUUGUCGCCGGUUUCCUUCACGUGAAACGGAUAUAUAUAAAAUUUUAAGCAUUGAAGGCCAAAUAACAAAGGAACUCUAGAAAAGGUUCUGUUCUUGUGGAAAUCCUGAUGCGAGAGAUGUUAAUUUCAUGUUUCAACUGAGGAUACUCCAAAACGAUACCUCUCCCUAGAUUGACCCAAAUCUGUAUCUGCAGUUACUUGUUAAUAUCCAAAUAAUCAGGUUACAUGGACAGUUGCAGGACGAGAUGCUUCUGGGAAGUAUUUCGUCUUCCCCUCGAGACAAAAAGCUGUAUGAUUACCCUUGGUAAAUAUCUAGACAGUGUUUGGUAGAAAAGUGUCAAGGUAUUGGCAUUUGAAAUAGCUGUGUUCUAAUUUGGAAUGUCUAGGACUCCACCCCAAACUUAAGGAUAAUUACACUCCUCUCCCUUGAGGUCUGGUGUAAUUUUACCCAAGUCCUUUGUGGUUUGAGAAAUCACAUCUAACAUCCUUGAUAUUUGUU